GAACAAAAAGCUUUUCCAAGAAUAUUUUAUGAGAGAGGUCUGAAAAUUGUUUCGGAGAAGACCUUAACAAGGACGACUACGUCCGUUUAAUUACAGUUUUGUAAAUGCCCGGGAAUUAAAUACCGUUUGAACAACUUCGAUGUCGUAAAAUUAAUCGCGUCUUAAUCCUCUCAAUGUACACCUAGACUCCCCUUUUUUUUUUUUUUAGUCAGUUUUUAACAGAUACGUCCAAAUUUUAACGCGGCCAUCUUCCACGAUGCUGACUUGCUUUUCCGGGUUUUUUUUACGAGUGAUUUAAUUUCCUGGGGUUCACGACAGAUGUCAUGGCCUUCUGGCAAUGAUGCCUCCAACGAGCCUCGAGGUGAUCGUGGGAAACCUGAGCCAGACGGCGUGCUUCGGCCCGGAAGCCGCCGGAGUUCGCAACAUGUUGGAGCCCGGAAGACCGGAAGAAGUUGCGCAGGAAGUGAGUCCGGAAGUGCUUCCCGUAAACCAGGAGGAGGAGGAGGAAGAAGAUGAUGAGGAGGGGGAGGAGUCUUUGGAGGGGUGUCGCCGCAGGACCGGAAGUGAUGCCGGAGUGGAUGUUUUGCAGCCCAUGAACUUGGUGUCGCAUUUCCGGGGCUGUGAGAGGCAGGGACAUGCUUUGAUGAGCACUGCACUGAAUGAUGCUUCCAGGACUGUGAUUGAUGUUCAGGCUGUGGUUUAUGAUGCCUGGAAGGCGGCUCAAGCUGGGGUUGAGGCACAUGCCAAAGUUCUGGAAAGGGUUCGUUCCCUGGAAAAAGAUGACGCCUUUGGGCCUGUGCUCUCACUUUUGGAAGAACAUUUGCGGAAAAUCGUGGAGCAAGGCGUGCAGGUGGAAAAGGCCAUCAAGGCCCUGGUGAGAGUCGGAAGAAACUACGGCACGUCCUUUUCGCACGCUUUCAAGGACGUGAAACGGCGAGAAAUUGAGACUACCAAGCUGGAAUUGGCACUGAAUCACUCUCACGAGUUCAUGAAGCAACUCAAGGAUGAGUGCACCAGGGUUCAAUUUGACAUGUCCAGGAUAAAGAGCGUUUCGCAGGACUUUGAGUUCAAAGCCAGGCUGAAACGGGGACGAAGGGAGCUCAUGAGACAGGCAGAUAAGUACGAGUGCCUGAACCAGCGAUACCAGGCCAAAUUUUCCGAAUUUUGCGCAUCCGCUGAACGCUUUUUGUGCCACAAUGCACGUCAACUCAUUGGACUGGUUGUUGGACUUCUGACUGCACUGGAGACCCACCACAAGGACUUGGCGAGUUGCCACGAGAACGCUGCCAGCGCCCUCAACCGGAAAUCCCCGGAAGCUCUUUUGGCAGAGUUUGCCACCAGUGUCGACAUUGACUUGCAAAACAACGAGCUGCCAUUGACGGACUCUGAGUGCUUGUCCCUGGAGAAUUUGGUUGAUGACAGUGCUGUUAUGACCAUGGCUGCUUGGGAGAAGGCUUAUGAUUCAGAGAGGAAUUCGCCGGCGUUGAGCAGGUCAAAGAUGGCGAGUCCCAAGAACUCGAGGCCCGAGACCCGUCGCACCUUGUCGCACGUCCCAUCGGCGCCCAUCAACGUCAUUUAUCAGCAACCCCCUCAGGCAAUGCGGCAGCAAGUGGCGGUGGGCGCCACUGCUGAUGCCGGGUUCAUCAGAUCUGCCAGUGGAUCUUGCGUUGCUGGGGGCAGCAAUCCCGCUGUUAUCUCUAUGAUAAGCACUGCUGCUGCUGCUGCUGCUCCUGGGACCAGCACUGAUCAACAAGUCCCUGCUGAUCCUGCUGAUAAUGCUGGGCCUGGUGAAGAGGCGAGAAGUGGGCAAACCACCACCUCUGCUGCUGCUGCUGCUGGUGGUGGUGGUGGUGGAAAUGCGUCACCGGAAGCAAUGAAAACGUCAGCUCCAUCUGAGGUCAGAUCAGCUGCAGAAUCUGCUGGGGCAAAUCCCAGUGGUGUCCAGAAAUUCCCAAAAUUGGCCACUGAUUUCAUUCUGAAUGUCAAAUUGGAUACGAGUGCUACAUCAAGCCCGACCCCAAGUGCUGAGCCAUCAGCACCCCAAUCCCCCGAACCCGAAGAACCCAGAUCAAGCAGGGAACCCGGUACCCAGUCACCAAUGUCUGCCUCUAGGGACAGGUCUGGUGGGUGCGUUGUACUUUGCCCCCUGCCUGUCCACAAUCCAGUGCUUGCCAAACCUCGGCAUGCCAAGAAAACUGGGAAACAUGAAGGUCGUCUGGGUAAGAAAAACUCUUCUCUCAUGUUCAUCAACACCCUGCAGCGCAAGGACAAAAUGAUGGUCAGAGGUCCCAGCAGGAAUGCUUCCAGACCAAGAGACUACAUUUACCCACUCUUUGAUUUUGAGCCUGAUGAAGAAGACCUUUUGACUCCUUCAGUUAUCAAAACCAAGCCUGGGUCUUCUUAUCCACACAACAACAGAAGGAGGAGACUGGCUGAGAGCAGCUGCAUGAGAAGAGAAUCUGGAAAUGAUUAUAAUCAACAGUCCAGUCUAGAUUUUGAAUACUUGCCUCAAAUGUUUCCUGCAGGGUAUUACUUGGCACCCAGGUCAGAUGAAUCUGUAUCAGGAAAUGUUCUGAGAGUCAUUAUAAGAGAAGAAUUGGACAACAUCUUGGACAAAUUGAAGUACAGGGCGAAAGAGAAGAAUGGCAAGUCUAGGAAGCAAGUUCGGGUAUCAGUUUGUGCAGAAAAUAUUCUGGAGGCAUGUCUGGAUGUCAACUCAACUAAGUCAAGGACCAGUAGCAACCCAGACUGCACAGUUCCUGUGCUUGCUACAGCUGAUGCCUUGCCAGGAGAAACAGAGGGCCAGAGCAAAGCUCAGUGGGUGUUUUCAAGAGACUCAAAAAGCUUGGUCAUCACAGGAACUCUUGAUGGAUCUAGCUCAAAAGAAUCCAAGUUUUUGCGCCUAGUCAAUAUUCCUUGUGACAAGCCCAUUUCUGACCAAGAGAACAAACCUUUGGCAGAAGGGGAUGCAGCAGAAAUUCUGCAUCUGCCCUCAGGAAAAGCCAUUACUAAUGACAAGGACUGUGAUGACGAUUUGAGACAUGUCAUCAAAGAAGAAUUGGAAAGUCUGCUGAACAUUUUGAAGGAACAAGUGAAGAAAAGAUACCAGGCAAGUGCAUCUGAGAGAAGUGAAUCAGAUAAACAUGUUGCUUUCAGUGUAAAUUGUGAGGCCCAGUCUGCAAUUGCUGCUGAUUCAGGGGGUUUUGAUGCAGUUCAAGAAAGUAACCCAUCUUUUCCACAUCUUCAGGAAUCUACAGAAGAUGUUCUGCACAAGUCUAUCUCCAAUGAAAAUUCAAAAGCUGCCAAUUCAAGCAAGGCUGAAGAGAACCACAAGGAACCAAAAUCAUUCAGGAUAUGUAAGCCCAAGCCAAGUAAAGCACAAUUGAAACCUGCUGGUCUGACUCAGUUCUGGUGGGAUGAUACAUCAUCUCUCAACUCAGUACCAAUUGUUGGCAUGAAUGGUGGUCAGCCUGUGGUAUCAAGUUUCAAACUGCCAAUUCCCCAAACCUCAGCUGAAGCAUUCAGUGAUAAUGUGUCUGUCACAUCCACGAAGCGUCCAUCCGUGUCCUCAACUGAUGAUGAAUUUUCCAUCACUGAUGGAUGUUUGCAAGGAGUGAAUUUACCCAGUGCUGCAAGCAUGUCCAUCCCAAUGAUAGACAAUAAUGACACAAUUCCCAUUAUUGCUAAUAUCAAAGAGGUUUUCAUCAGAAGGGAAGAUGGUUUUGAAUGUCUGGGCUCCAUAGUAUUGUCACUGUCUUCAGAGUUGGCAGAGCUUUUCAAAGAGGAGUCCAACAAUCCUGAGGCAACUCUUAGCUUCAAACUUUUCAAAAGCCAUUGUCAUGGCAAGAAACAUGUAUCCUGGCCAGGGAUCCAAAUUGCUGAAGGGAUUGUUGAGCCUAUCUCUGUUGUUCUUGGUGACAAACCAGAGGAUGAUUCAAAGUCACCAGCUCUCACUUUUUCAUUGAACAUGAAAGCACUUGCAGAGUAUCUGGCAGUGGUUGCAAGGUACAAGAUAUCCACAAGCACACUCAGAGAUUGGCUCCCUGUCACCCUGGAGCAACAUUGGGACAGACCUAAACCAAAGGUGCUUCAGGUUGUGCUAGGAACCCAAGUUUCAUUCGUUGGAUUUGCAAAAGCUCCAAAUGUUGAUGUUGGAUGCAUCAAGCUUUCUAUUGUUUUUAGUGGAAAAGUUGCUGCUGUUGAUGAUGAUCCUAAUAAUCCUUGCAGGUGUGAGAUUGGUGAUAACAGCAAAGUUGUUACCUGGAAACUGGAUCCUGCAGAGUCUCAAACAGUAUUAGCAGCUUAUAUCACCCUGGCAACUGUUUCUUCCAAGCCCAAAUUUUGUGAAGUUGAGUUCCAACUGCCUGAUGCUUCAGUGGCUGGUUUCAACAUUGAUCUUCUGAAUCCAGCAUAUUCCUUGUGGGACAAAAAGAUGCAAGUUUCAGCUAUGAAUUAUCAUUUUCCAUGUCCCAGCCUUGGGAAUGAAGUGCAAACACAGUCCUCAGUCAACACCAUGGGAAAAGUUGAUGAUUUGGAGACUUCUCUUGAGGCCUGAUAUCAAUCUUUUCUGCAAAAGGGCUAAUGCUCUCUACCAAUGUUAUACUUUUUUUCUCAUACCCUGAAAUUCUUGUUUGUGGUCAUUUGUUUGUUGUUCCUGAAAAUACAACCAUCCGGUACAGUCACAAAUA